AUGGAUCAUAACCAUCUAUUCGACAUUCGCAAGGAGCAUAUGCACGUUCAUACCACAUAUGUGAUGGAAGAUCCCAGUGGUAACAAGAUAUGCGAGAUCAGGAGCAGUUAUAAAUUCAUUGGGUCGAAAGCCACUGCCACCUAUACAGACCGGUACGGCAAGCAAGUCUUUUUGGUAAUGAAAGGAAACUGGAACGAUCGUGCUGCCCAUAUCAUGAAUGAAAGUACUGGAGAACCAGUCGCUCGCAUUUCCAGGAAACGUUUAACCGCUCGUCAUAUUCUUUUUGGCCAGGACACCUACAACGUGACUGUGGCACCUGGUGUGGAUAUGGCACUGGUGGCUGGUUUAUAUAUCUGCUUCGAUGAGAAGAACAAUGAUUAG